AUGGGUGCCGGAUUGGUCUGGACCCCACCCACUCGCCCGCUGCCGGGGAACGCUGGUGAGGGUGGCGGUAGUGGCAGCCAGGACCGGAUCAGAGCUGCCAGAAUCACAAUCCUUUGCGUGCCAUGCUUGAUCCAGUCCCGGAGUUCUUUCUGCUGGUGGCGUGACACCACCGCCUGCUCCCGCUAUGUGGCCGCCAGCUCAGCCACCAUUUGGGCCAGCUCCUUGCGUGGCUGGCCUGGUCGCAGUUCCGCCAUGCCCCUUCCUUGGUUUCGACACCACUGUGGCAGGCAAUUCUGUAUGUUUUCUUUCAAUUUAGAUACACUUAUCCCGAUAACUUCAGUUCAACUUGGUGAAACUGUAACCUUCACAUGUGAUCUGCGUAAGAAUUCACAGUUCAGCUGUAGAGAAGUCGACUGGUACAAGCAGAGUACCGGGGACACUCUAAAAUUAAUAUGGACACUGAAGGAAUCUGCUCAACCUGAGUUUUCUGCUGAGUUUAAUCAAUCAAGAUGGAAGGUUUAUUACAAUGAAAAUUUCACCAACCUGACCAUUUUGAGGGCAAACCAAGAGGACGAGGGAAUCUACCACUGUGGAAUCACCGAGUGGUUCAAGAAUACUGAAUGGAGUGGCUCAUAUUUGUUAGUCAAAGGACGCACUCAAAGGACAUCAGACUAUACUGUUGUUCAGUCACCGCUGAUAACAGUCCAGGAACCAGGAAACUCGGUGACUUUUCAGUGCUCAGUCUUCUCUGACCCUGACAAAAAGACAUGUCCCGGAGAUCUCACUGUGCUCUGGUUCAGAGCUGGAUCACAUAAAAGUUAUCCAAAAUUAAUCUACACUGACAGAAACAAAAGUAAAGAAUGUGAUAAAAGAUCUGACCCCCAGAAGAGCUGCAAUUAUACUUUUUCUAAAAUCAUCAGCUCAUCUGAUGAAGGGACUUACUACUGUGCUGUGGCCACAUGUUGGGAAUUAUUCUUUGGGAAUGGAACUAAACUUCAAAUAGAGCAAAAGGCAGGUUCUGAAUUUACUGUGCUGGUUAUAGCAAUAAUCUGCUUGUUUAUUUCUGUGAUUCUCACUAUUGUUUGUUGCCGAACUCAAAGAGGAACAUGUGAACAAUGUAAAGAUGCAGUUGCUUUGCAAGCAAAUGUAACAGCAAAAGGAGAUCAGAAAAUUCCACAGGAAGGAGUUAAACAGUCCGAUGGUGUGUGGGACAAAGGAGUUUUUAAGUCUGUUGGUUCUAGACCUAGGGAGAAGCAACCUGUCGCUGAGCAGACUCCUCUGGUUAUUUAUGACCAUAUGCAGAGGAUGCCCAACAUUGUCCAUAAUGUCUAG